AAGCGACAUCCACAAAACCAACAAAGCAACAGCGCGCUUGGCCAUGGUUUACUGCUUCCUCGAGCUCUCUGCAGGGCCAGCGCCUAUCCCAGGCAAGGUCAUUUUUGAGCUCUUUGAUGCGCAAGUCCCGAAAACAUGCGAAAACUUUCGCGCACUUUGUACAGGAGAACUUGGCGGUGAAUUGACGUAUAAAGGCACUGCUUUCCAUCGCGUCGUCAAGACAUUCACACUACAAGGCGGUGAUACGAGUAAAACUGGAACGGGUGGGAUGAACAUCUACAACAAUGCGCAAGAUGCAUUUGCCGGAGAAGACUUGUACUGGCGGGAUAUUGAUGAGCCGUUUCUACUAUGCGCUGCAGAUGUAGUGCCGCGAAGCCAAUUCUUUAUUACAUUGCGAUCGAGUCCGCAUCUGAAUGGAAGUCAUUGCUGCUUUGGGCGUGUCAUCAAGGGUCAGCAAAUACUGGAACAAAUCAGUGAAUUGGGGGUGGAUGAGGAGGAUGUACCUCUUGAGCCAGUGUUGAUCCAACGUGCUGGUGAAUUGGCAUAUAAAGGGCCUGCAGCGCAUGUUCAACCCAUUGCAGCGCUCAGCAGUGACGCUCAAGGCGAAGCAACAGCAACGAAAGCGCCUGUACGUGGACGAUCUACAACACGUUCUCCUUCUAGAGCACGCGCACGAAGUCGAUCACGCAGGAGGGAUCGCAGCACGAGUAGUGAUACAGAGGAAGAGGAGAAUGGUAUCGAGUCAUCACGGCCAGUGUCAAGGGAUAGACGGCGACAUACGCACGAGAGUAGGGACAGGCGGCAUCACCACGGACAACAUCAUUCUCAUCAUCAUUCUCAUCGGUCACACAGGCAUGGUACUGCUUCACGGUCACGAUCGCGUGAGCAUGUCUAUCGUCGGUCGAAUCACAGCCCGGGACAUACAAAACGCCGUCGAUCUCGAGACGAAGCAUCGGAUGCGGCGGAGGGGCGAAAGCAGUCCAGGCGAGGGUCCCGUGACUCUCCUCAUGACCGUUCACGACGCGGGUCUGGUUGGCAUGGUAGGUAUGAGGAGGAUGUACGGCCACAUGCAUCAAAACCCGGGCCUGUUGUUGAGGAGCAUGGGAUUGUGUACAAGGGGCGUGGUAAGAUGCGGUAUGAUGCACGCGAGGAUCCGCGCUAUGGCCGUCUCUAGUCUAUGCAGUGUAUAACUUGGCAAGUACUCCGACC